AUGAAAACGCUGAUGACCGAGUCUUACACGAUGCCACCCGAAAGAAAACGAUGGGAAUUGUUUAGCUUGAAGGUACCGAAACCAUGGCAUGCUCCUCUUGAAAGUAAGAGCCUUUCAUUAUGAACUGCGGCCUAUUUGGCAUAAAAUUUCAAUGCGCGAACGAAAGGAGACACACGCGCGUCCGGUGAGUCUCCUCGCGGGAGGCGAUCUCCACGCGCACGCAUUUGCGUGAAAAGCUCCCUUUGCCCACUUAGCAUAGUAAUUUUCUUCACGCUUUUCUCACUCUCUCAGAAAAACGUAAACGAGUUAUACUGAGUUGUGUAUCUAAAUAAACAUAGUCUCGACUUCAAGAUGCGCCGCCGUGUUCGCCCACCUUUAAAUCCCGAUUUGAGCCCUCCUGGUUAUAAGAUCCAUCAAUCUGGUUGUAAAACUAACAUUCUUGUUAAAGCCUUCUUUCAUUUCUCCUUUGUUCUUAAUAUAAUAUUAGUAUUUUUUCACAAAAGCGGUUUAACUUUAAUCGUAAAAAAUGACGCUAGUCUAGCCUCCCACGCGGACGUUUUUUCGAGCUCCCCUAAAAACGCCUUCGUGGGAGGCUAUGAACAGUCUUGCUCUCACUUUUCGAUGAACCAAACAAAUCUAAACCUUGUAGGUAUGUUAACAGCAACGGGUAACGAGAAUUAUAAAGCAUGAACUCUGAAAACCUGCUUUUAGCCUGUGAAGCAUGCACUUAAUAUGGGCGCAAGAAUGAACGGGGCGCUGGCGCUUGAGAGUAAUGGGUACAAGAAAGAACGGAGCGCGCAAGGGAGACACGCGUGUCUCCAUCGCGCCAUCGCGCGCCCUGCUCUUUCUCGCAUAUUCCUACCUCGCACCUGUAUGUCACGCAGGCUAACAUGUUGAAAAUCAAUAUAAAGGACACGUGUUUCUGUACUUGAUAAGUAAUUGAAAUUUUGUUCCCCUUUUUUGCUCUCUUUGUGUAGGUCCCGGUCCAGGAGAGACAUUCCGAGUACCCCGGAUGUACAACACCGAAUACCAGUUCUACGGCAGCGAAAAGCCUGUCACAGUUUGACUGAACAUAAAGGCUAGUAGAAACGCGCGUUAUCGUUGUCUUUUUACCUGUACAUCUUACGAUGUGGAGAGUGAACAUCAGUACCUUUUUUUUUUUUUUUUAAAUCUACCCGAAUAUAUAUUUUUUCUGGCUGGUGGACAGGAAGUUGUGGUAAGGAUGGGUGGUGUUGGG